GUUUUGUACUUAAUUUCAUCUGAAAAAUUGCAAUUAAAAUAAAGUUAGGAUCUAUAAUAUGCAAUAAAUAAAUAAAAUCUUGCAAGUUGCAAGUUCAAGAAGUAAUAAAUAUAUAAUAAAUCUUGAUAAAUAUCCUAGCUCGACGAUGCGGGCUCGAAAUAUCUUUAAUUUUUACCAUCAGCUGCUUCACAAACAUCCUAUUUUGAUGCAAGCUGUACAAACUGGGUUGUUAAUGGGCACAGGUGACAUAAUAUCCCAGACUCUUAUUGAAAAAAGGACAAGGGAACAAUUUGAUUUUAAAAGGACUGCACAGUUUUCGUCUAUUGGAUUUUUUGCUUUGGGACCGUCUCUUCGUAUGUGGUAUGGCACCUUAAAUAAAUAUGUGGGCUCAAGUGGUAAAACUGUUGCACUAAAGAAAGUAUGUUUUGAUCAAGUUAUAUUUGCUCCAACGUGUUUAUUUUUUAUUUUGCUUUCUGUAGGUCUAAUGCAAGGUAAAGAUAUUGAUAGAAUAAAAUCUGAAAUGCAGAAUAAUUAUCCAGAUGUGUUGAUAACAAAUUAUUAUGUGUGGCCAUUUGUUCAAUUAUUAAAUUUUUAUUUUGUACCUUUACAUUAUCAAGUGCUAUUAGUCCAAACUGUUGCCUUGUUUUGGAAUACUUACUUGUCAUGGAAAACAAAUAAAACAAUUGCUAUUGAUUAGAAGCAGUUAUGUAGUUUUGUGAUUGUUAACCAAUCAACUCCCAAGCCGUCGAAUUUGACCGCAAUAACAAUAGAUUUCCAAGAAUCCGCAAUCUAGGGAUAUAGCAAACUGUAUAAAUAAAAGUAUUAAAUACAUUAUGUACAGAGUUAUUUUAGUUUUGACCGGAGAUGAGACUAUGGUUAUAAUAUUAUGGUGACAAAAUUUUACUGUAGAGCCUAUAAAAUAACUCUGAACAGAAUUUUGAGCUGAACAUAACAUUAAUUAUUUUAUGAUAUUUAAGUUCUGCUUUUAGAAACCUUUAAUUAGAAUAAUAUUAUCUAUAAUAUAAAAAUGAGUCGCUGAA